AUGGCAGAGACGCUGACAUCGGCGCUGGCCGAGUUAAGCCUAAACUCGCAGAACCUUAGCGGACCGGCUUUUGACGCAAGACUGGUCGAAGAAGAGGAUGGUGUCUACAAGGACUUCAAACCUCGGCAAAAGGCCCGGCAGGAUGCUGCUGACCUUAAGCAGGAGCUGGAGCAGGAGUUUUUGACCCCUUCAUCCACGUUUAGUCCUGAAUGGCUGAACCGUUUGCAAAGGAAAUGGGAUGUCCCGACGGAUUACACUGACCUAUUCGAGGUCGCUGGUACACAAACACGUACUAUCGUCCGGUUUGAUCGGGACGGCCUGGAAGGACGUGUUACUGGCUACCACGAAGUAACCGUUCCCGCCACUAGUGCAAAUGCCAAAAAUUCAACGUCCCUGCUUCGCCGGCCAGCUGGCCGUGCGGACUUUGUUAGAGGCGCCGCUGGCUUCUUUCCAUUCGCUCCGGGUGGGCUGGACGGUGUCGAAGCAAUUGCUGAGAUGGAAUCCGAAGCCCAGACGCCAGAGCACUCUAGAGCCAGCGGCAAGCAACCGGGCCUCGAUCGGAUCAUUAACCUUGGUGCUGAAGGUGGUCUAUUAGAGAUUGCCCCUGGCUUCUCUCGGGGAUUGAAGUUCGAGGAAGCAAAGACUAAAGAGGCCGCAGAAGGGGACGAAGAAGUGGAGCACGCGCUUCAGCAGGAAGAGACCGAUCUGCAUGUUGAGCAAGAGGAGACAGCGUCAGAUGCCGGAGGUGUCAAGAUCGAUGAUGAGGCGGAGCUCAGCGAUGAGGAAGAUAUUGACUCUUUGCUGCCUGUCGAAUUCCCAGCGCUGGAGCCCCACGCGCCGCUGCUCGCAGGCAUGCAGCAACGGAAAGCCGGUAAAGAGUGGGCUCAUGUCGUCGAUGUCAACAAAGAAAUUCCGAACUUCCGCGACCUGGUUCCCGACAUGGCUCGGGAGUGGCCGUUUGAACUGGAUACUUUCCAAAAGGAGGCUGUUUAUCAUCUUGAAUGUGGCGACUCCGUAUUCGUUGCUGCUCAUACGUCAGCUGGUAAAACUGUCGUCGCCGAAUAUGCCAUUUCUCUAGCCGCGAAGCAUAUGACGAAGGCCAUUUAUACGUCACCCAUCAAGGCAUUGAGUAACCAGAAGUUUAGAGAUUUUAGAACCGAGUUCGAUGAUGUUGGCAUCUUGACCGGUGAUGUCCAGAUUAACCCAGAAGCAAGCUGCCUUAUCAUGACGACUGAAAUCUUACGAAGCAUGCUAUACAGAGGCGCCGAUUUAAUUAGAGACGUCGAGUUUGUGAUUUUCGAUGAAGUGCAUUAUGUUAACGACCUUGAAAGAGGUGUUGUUUGGGAAGAAGUCAUCAUUAUGCUUCCCGAACAUGUUACGCUGAUCCUCCUGUCUGCCACCGUUCCUAACACUUAUGAAUUUGCAUCCUGGGUUGGUCGCACAAAGAAGAAGGACAUCUACGUUAUCUCAACCGCGAAGAGACCUGUACCCCUCGAGCAUUAUCUCUGGGCCGGCAAAGGGAAGUACAAGAUCGUCGAUUCCAACAAGCGGUUCCUUGAGAACGGCUGGAAAGAGGCAGAUGAGAUCAUCUCCGGAAGAGACAAACUCAAGGCCCAGAAAGCGGCUGAGGCUCAAGCUCAAUCUCAAGCGAGCAGAGGAGGUGCUCCCCAGGGACGAGGACGUGGACAAGCCGGUGGGAGAGGAAGAGGUGGUGGACGGACCACAGCCGCGCAGGACAAGACCGUUUGGGUGCAGCUCGUUGGGCACCUUCGCAAAGAGAAUCUGCUGCCUGGUUGUAUCUUUGUCUUCUCCAAAAAGCGCUGUGAACAGAAUGCCGACUCGCUGUCCAACCAAGACUUUUCCACUGCUUCCGAGAAGAGCUUGAUUCAUAUGUUCAUCGAAAAGUCCCUCACAAGACUUAAGCCAGAGGAUCGGACCCUUCCACAAAUUCUUCGUCUUCGCGAAUUGUUGAGCCGAGGAAUCGCUGUUCACCAUGGUGGUCUUCUGCCGAUCAUGAAAGAGAUUGUCGAGAUUCUGUUCGCUAAAUCGUUGGUUAAAGUCCUUUUCGCUACCGAGACAUUUGCGAUGGGGCUCAACCUGCCAACCCGAACGGUUGUGUUCUCCGGAUUCCGCAAGCAUGAUGGCAAAGGCUUCCGAGAUUUGCUACCUGGAGAGUACACUCAAAUGGCUGGACGUGCUGGACGUAGAGGACUUGACAAUGUGGGAUACGUCAUUAUCGUCAAUGCAGGUCGAGAUGAAGCUCCUCCAGCCGGCGCUUUGAGAAAGAUGAUCCUUGGUGAUCCGACCAAACUGCGGUCUCAGUUCAGGCUUACAUACAACAUGAUCUUGAACCUCUUGCGUGUGGAGGCCCUUAAGAUUGAAGAAAUGAUCAAGCGAAGUUUCAGUGAGAAUGCUACCCAGGCUUUGCUCCCGGAGCACGAAAAGCAGGUGCAGCUUUCGGAGGCCAGCUUGGCGAAAAUCAAACGAGAGCCUUGUGACAUAUGUGACAUUGACCUUGCGGCAUGCCAUGCCGCAGCUAUUGAAUAUGAGAAACUCACAAGUGAGCUCCACGUGGGACUACUUUCAUCACCCGUUGGCAAACGCCUCUUUGUGCCGAAGCGAUUAAUUGUGUACAGAAAGGAGGGUUUCCGAACCGCAGGUGUCAUUGUUCGCGAAGGUGUUAGCGGAGGUCAGACACCUAGCAUUCAAGUCCUCGAGAUCGGAAGACUCGGACACAAGCGCCAUCCUAGCGAUAUUCUUCCCUUCCUCCCAAUGUUCAAGCAUUUGUUGCAGACUUUGCCUACCCGUGCUGCCGAUAUGGCACUGAAAUCGUACAAGGUGCCCCUGUUGGACCUUGAGUGCGUCACAAAUACGCUAGUUAAGCUUGGUGGUCCCACAUGGUACCUCAACAUCAAGAAGGAGGCGAGCAAAUUUGCAGAUAAGGAGCUCACCAAGCACUGCGCUUCGUGGACGAGUCCAGUCUGGGAUGAAAUAGACUGGGCUCGAAUCAAGGAAUUACAGGUCAGGGAUAUUUUAGAGAAGCGGCAACAGCAGGCCUCCAUUGCGCAAGGGUGCAAGUGUUUGCAGUGUCCCAGCUUCCUGAAACAUUUCGAAAUGCAACACGACGAAUGGCAGGUUAAAGAGAAUAUUUCUCAAUUAAAACAGCUCAUGUCUGAUCAGAACCUUGCUCUGCUGCCUGAUUAUGAGCAGCGUAUCCAGGUGCUGAAGGAGCUGGGCUUCGUGGACGAGCAGUCUCGCGUGCAGCUGAAAGGAAAGGUAGCAUGUGAGAUUCACUCCGCCGAUGAGCUUGUUCUGACCGAGUUGAUCCUCGAGAACGUUCUGGCUGAAUAUGAGCCCGAGGAGAUCGUUGCACUGCUAUCCGCCUUUGUCUUCCAAGAGAAGACAGAAAACGUUCCCACAUUGACUCCUCGUCUUGAGAAAGGCAAGGAAGCCAUUGUGAGGAUCUCCGACCGCGUGAAUGAUUUCCAGAUUCAGCACCAGGUAAUCCAAACCAGCGAAGAUAGUAACGAUUUCGCUAGUCAGCCACGGUUUGGUCUGGCCGAGGUUGUCUACGAAUGGGCGAAGGGAAUGUCGUUCAACCGCAUCACCGACCUGACUGAUGUGAUGGAAGGCACUAUUGUACGGACCAUUACUCGUUUAGAUGAGACAUGCCGGGAGGUGAAGAAUGCGGCCAAGUUGGUGGGUGAUCCGACGUUGUAUACGAAGAUGCAACAGGCACAGGAGCAGAUCAAGAGAGAUGUGAUCUUUGCAGCCUCUUUGUACAUGUGA